AUGACUCCUCAUGAAGAAUCUCUUGUUAUGGACCUUCACUCUAAAUGGGGAAAUAGAUGGUCAAGAAUUGCUAGAAAACUACCGGGAAGAACGGAUAAUGAGAUUAAGAAUUAUUGGAGGACACACAUGAGAAAAAAGAGAGCACAAGAGAAAAAACACGCAGCAACAACAACAGCACCUUCAAUUUCAUCAUCACCUGAUCAAUCUUCUAGUUGUCAAUCAUCUCUGUUUUCUAACAACAAUCACGCUUCAAACAAAGAGACCGAAGAAGAAGAAGAGAAUUACCAAGUUCAAGAAAUUGAGCAGAGUUACUCAAUGGAUGAUAUAUGGAGAGAUAUUGCUAUGUCAGAAGAAGAUGACAUAAACAUUCUUCAACAAACUGUUUAUGAUGGAACUAGUGAAGAGAAUUGCAACAAUAACUUUUGUUCCUCUAUAAUGCCUUCUGCAUCAUCAUCUUCAUGGAAUUUUUCUAAUUUAGAUCCUUUGUGGGUUAUGGAUGAAGAUGAAAGCAAGAUGUUGGUCCCUCCUUUUAUGAUCAACAAGGGAACACUUUUCUAG